CCGGGACAAUGGCAACACAGAUGCACGCACGCACGCACGCACGCCGCGGCUCGUGCGACGAGGCUGCAAUGAAGACUUCACAUUAUUGAUGGACGGUGACGAAAGAAGGCACUUGCCGGCAAGUAUCGAGGGCAAGAACCAGAACAAGAGUGCCACAGACAGUCGUGGAAGCAGCUCGUGUAGCGGCAAUCAGCCACAACCGCACGCUGAGAGGAUCCCCCUCCGUAAACGGGCACCCUUUCCUGCAUCAUUCCCCAAGGGCAGCGGCUCGGAGAUGGGUUGCUCCUCGGGCCGCCAGCCCCCCGCCCCGGUCCUUCACCCAGACUUGGACUGUAGCCACGGCGGCGACGCAAACACCUUACCCCAGGACUCGGAAAACCAGAACGUAAACAGCUCGGGAAGUGUGGAGGGACGAGAAGUCAAACCUCCGGAGUCUCUCCCCACACUCGAGCGGCUGGCUCAAGCGACGGGGGGCACAGAAAAGUCCUGGUACCGCUGCGUAUUCCCUUUCGGGGUGAUUUCACUGGUUAUCGGGAUGGCGGGCACGGGGGUGACGUUCACUUUCGACAAUCUGCUCCAGACCAAAGUGGUUUCCGUGGCGUUGCUUUGCAUCGGUGUCGUGAUGCUGCUGGUGGCUGCCGUCUGUUGGCGGGCCCACAGACUGAGGAGGAGGAAAAAGAAGGAGGGGGGGUUCUUUACCACCGAUCUGGGUACUUUGUGAUGGAGGGGGGGGUCAGGUAUAUCCCAGACGGAACACUUUGAGCCAGACUGUCACUGACAAGGACAGAUGAAUGACAAUACAUAUGGACCGGGUGUAUGAUUAGAAGUUUGAUGUAAUACUGUGACAGCGCCGCAUCAUCGCAAUUCGACAAAGCGUUUCGAAGAAGGAUCGCCACCAUCUUGACCACUUAAAGGUCCUGAUAUUGAAGACAUCACCAAUAUGCCCUCCGAUCUAUUGAUAGCGUCACCCUAAAGUUGCCUCCACAUAUCAGGGAACAGAAGUAAAGAUAUGCAAGAGUCCUAAAGACAUCCUGAUCCUUAACCUGAAACUUGAUAGAGCAAUGUUUACGUAUAGGACAACAAUUUUGUAGCAAGGGAAAUAUGAGUGCAUGACAGGGUGAUGGGAAGUUGAACAGUUUGUGGAUUCUGGCAAAGAAUCUCUCUAUGCUGACUGUCGAAAAGAUGUGGAAAAUGCAAACAUGGUAUGAUCGCUUCGUGAACCAACUUUGUGUUGGAGCCCGGGAGAUUCAUUGAAACAGUAGUAAGGGGAGUCCAUUUAUAUCCCUUCAAGUACAAGCUGUAUGUUAAGAUGUUCUUGGAGUUAAAAGUCGAGAAUACAAACAUUUGACGAUUGGAACGAAGUCCAACUGUCCUGGUUGGUAGAAAGUGGGCUCUUUAUUUUUUUUCACUUCAUUUCUGUCGGGAAGUCGGUGAAAAUCAUUUGGAGAAACAAAUUCUGCCUGCGUGGACAACUUCUAAAAGCUUCAGGCUCUCAAAGGUCAACACUUUCCCUUGACCCCCCCAGCUUUGUUGGGAUAACCACCAUCCAGCUGUGUGCGAUCAAUAGAAAUAGCUGUGAUGUGAACGAUGAAGCCUUUGGGGGAAAUGAACUGGGUUUUUUUUUCCUUUCCUGCAGAUGAAAUUGCUUUGCCUGCUGCUGUAUGUCCUCCUGUUGGUGACCCUUUUGUUAUUUGGCAAACAACUCCCAUUCCAGACAUACCUCAGUGAACACAACGUAACAAAAAAUAAAAUAAAUAACAACAAAACCAACAAAAAAAGACAGCACAACGGUUCUUUUGAUCCUCGCUAAAUCAAACCGGCUACUCCCACUGACAUGAAGAGUCGGUGGUGCGUAACAAGGGAAUCCCAUUCUCCCUCUAUCCAUGAAAAGAUUCCCACGUGUUCGUUUCGGCGACAUGAGAAAGGAAUACGGUUCGCGUGGACGAUAGCUUAGCGAGCGGUAGCAUUUGUGAGAAUGCUAUAGCUAGCGCUGCCCCUUUCUUGAGCACCCAACCAUAGCAUGUCUCAAGCCAAGAAGCGAUUGUGGAGCCGACAUGUAGCAUGUACUGUAGGUCAGCCAGUGUACAGUAAAGCACAAUGUCGUGGUGAUGUAAUAAUGGCUUUUAGCAGCUGGUGAUGUGGUUAGAAGACCCGGUAGCAUCGACUUAGCUGUAGCAAUGUAUUUGAUCGUUAAUUGCUUCGAUUAAAUGUUAACUGGGUAAAACUUUUCAUUUUGUUUUCUGAAAUCACCUUCGGGUUUUUUUUUUCCUCUUUGUGCCCCUAACAUUGUAGAAAAGCCCAAAUAGGCAACCAAAUAUUGGCGUUUGCUAAAAUGAAAAAAAAAAAAACACAUCUGAAUGUAUAUUGAACAGUAAGUGUCUUAUUUGUACAGGUUGUAAAGCUGUAACUUCUAUUUUGUAUAGUGAAAAAAAAAUUGCGUGUUUGUAUAUUGGAAGCGGGCUACUUUUAUUUAUUUUAUUUCUUUUUCAUCGUCCUUUCACCUCCAGUGACGAGAGUAGAAAAUGUUUUUAAAGCAACUGUCACUUCGAGUAACUGGAAGAGGUCGAAUAAAACUCCUCAUUGGCUUUAUUGGCA